UCUGGCCCAAUUCCGCUAUGGCCAGAGAGCCCACUUGUUAGCUCGUUUCGUCCCUCGAUUUUGGCGCGCACGGUUUCAUUGCUUCCUUAGCCUUGAACUUAGCAGAAUGGGGCAAGAAAAACACGUGAGUGACCGGCGGUGCCUGCAAAGCCGGCGCUCGCGACUCAUUCUGGCAGUCCUUGUUUUUAUUGCUCUUCUCGCCGUCGUCAUACCGCCAGCCGUGGUGUUGACCCUACACAAGAAAUUCACCAUGGGUCCUAAGGCUUCGGUGUUUGUCCCGCUCUAUGUUUACCCUGCUCCGGGAGCAUGGGAUCCAUUGGAAAAGGUGAUCUCUGCCCAUCGGGAUGUGAACUUCACCGUGGUGAUCAAUCCUGGUAGUGGACCAGGGCCUAACGCCUUGCCCGAUGCCAACUACACGCGUGAAGUCCCCAAGCUGGCGGCUUAUGGCAAUGUGCGACUGCUGGGGUAUGUUGCGACGACCUACGCCCAGCGCAACCUGUCGUUGGUGCGGCGGGACAUCGAGACGUAUGCAGCCUGGCCGACCAACAGUUCGAACCCCAACUUGGCGGUUCGGGGCAUAUUUUUCGACGAAACCCCCCAGCAAUACGACAAUCGUACCUUGGCAUAUCUCGAGGAAUUGACGACAGUGGUGAAGACGACCCCAGGCCUGGGGCCGGAUCAUUUUGUGGUUCACAAUCCCGGAGCGAUUCCUGAUGCCCGCUACUUGCCGACGGCUGAUUCGACGGUGGUGUUCGAGGCGACCUACGAUACGUUCUUAGAGCGCGACGGGGCUAAACUGUUUGAGGACAUCCCGAACAGUACUCGCAGUCAGCUGUGCGCCGUGGUCCACUCGGUGCCAACCAGCGUGGAAGGGAAUCAUUUUCGCGACCUGGUGAAGCAGGUGCGCCGGGUGGCGGACGAGAUCUUCAUCACCCAUCUGGAUACCGAUUACUAUGCCAGUUUCGGGGGGCAGUGGGAGGAAUUUGUGGAAUUGAUGGCUCGAUCGUGAGCUGCGUGCAUUUGAGCGAGCGAAUGUUUUCGGUAUAUAUUAUGACGUAUGAACAUCGUUGAUCGGUUGUACAUGACUUGGCUGGAUGAAUCCGACCGUGAAGACUUAGUAAAUAGUUAGGCAGAAACAUGCUACUCCCAUACUAGCUAGCUACUGGCAUACAUCCAUCUCUA